AUGGCUGCCUCAGAAGCUGUCGAUGAUGGGCCCGACGAGGAGGAUGAUGCUGAUGUUCGCCCAGCUUCGGACCCACUCACCGGUCUAGACUUCCUUAGGUCUCUCCUACCGAAACAUAAUCCACAGCAACCUAAACCAUCGCAACCCAGCUCUAUUCGCCCAUCGAUUCCCGCUGCCUCUGCUGCUCUGCACGAGGCCGUCGCUGCACCACCGACAAACCUGCGGUUCCGUCAGUCCACCAUUGCGUGGGCAACACCACCUCCUCCAUCGACCACUGAGACUCCUGCCAGUGAUGCAUCUCUCAUGCAGGACAACUCGAAGCCCACGCAGGCUAGCUCAAAGCCCAAGGCCGACACGCCUGAGUUGAAAUAUGAAGAUGCGCAUGCGCGGUACAAAUCCAAGUGGUCCACCGAUUUCAGUUGGCUUGUCCUAACUCAAACCUCCACUGGUGCUCCUUCUUUCAAGUGCAGUAUUUGCUUGGAAUUUUCAGGACUGAAUGGCAAGUGUGGGCGGCGUACCGAGGGAGCAACCGACGUGCAGACACAGUCCUUCAAGAAGCACGAAGGGACGGUGAAGCACCGGUUUGCUCUGCAGCGCCAGGAGGACUUGCUCCAGAAAUACGUGCGCCAGCAGCGCAUCGACAUGCACCCGAAGGCGCAGGACUUGGAGAUGCUGCAGGUGUCUUCGCUCGUGGACUCGCUGUACUUCAUGGGAAAGUCCAACGAGCCCAUGGACUCGUGGAUCCGGUUGGUGCGCUACCUGGCGAAGAAGAAAGUGCCCGGGUUUCCCGCGGAGGGCUACGGCACGUACUACAACACGGAGGCGUUGGCUGCCAAGGCCGCGGCGGAGCAGAUACCAACGUUCAACAUGGUGGACGAUGUCAUCCGCGCCGUCGCAGAGUACCUCGGGCGAACGUCACCGUGGCAUCAGCGCUUCAUGGAGCUGCAGGAGGUGUUCACCUCCACCAACCUCGAGGUCCAAGGCAUACAUGACGUGCGGUGGCUUUCACGAGGAGCUGCAGUCACCCGGUUCGUCCACGUCCUUCCAGCGAUCAUGGUGAUGCUGUCGGAGUGGAAGGACAAGACCAUGUACGAAAUCGUCACGUCGUACAGGUUCCAGUUCCUCAUCAGGUUCCUCGCGGACCUACUGGAGCAGCUCAACGUGCUCUCCUCCGUUUUCCAGAAGCGGGAGCUCGACUACGCGCAGGUGCACACGCAGAUUGUGCGCACGACAUCCAUCUUGGAGAGCCGUUACGUCGACUGUGGUGACGACUUCGGGGGAGGGCCAACCGAGAGGCUGUACCGCUUCAUCGAGAAGCACGGACCGCGUGGUUCACCAGAAAUGGUGAUCGAGGGAGCUUCGUCCGAUGGCAGUCUCAACCGCUUCAAGGUGACGCUUCACGAGCGCACCAACCCGAACUAUCGUGGGCCCGGCCACCACGACGCGUGCGUGGCGCUCUGCACCGACAUGGCCGAGCAUGUCGUCAAGAACCUCCAGUCCAAGCUUGGCGACCUUGAGUCUCUUUCUGGAGUGAGGCUGUUUAUCCCUGACUUGUGGCAGCCGCAAUGGGACCGGGACGCGCGGCAGGCACAGUGCCUGGAGUGGCUCUUGUCGCUUGUCACGUUGUUCCGCGCAGAUGAAGCCGACGAGAUCCUACCAGGCAUUGACAAGAAGAAGGCUAUGAGGGAGCUUCGCACGCUGUGUCCAGUUCUUGCCAGAGCGCCGAAGAGUGAGCGUAAGUUCCACACGGGACUUACCGCCAUUCUCAGGACACCCGAUUGGCAGCAGGCGUACCCCAACCUCGUCGGACUCUGGGUUUAG